AUGGCGACCGACAGCCGUCCCGGAUGGUACCAAGAAGGCGUCCAGAGCAUCAACCCAGAAGCCCAACUUCUACUACAAACCUACAGUGGGCUUUCCGCUGACGAGGUCCUUCCUCAUGUCCUGGCGCUGUACAAAUCCCAGCGCGACAAAGCCUUCCAAAUCUUCCCCUACCCGUGCAUCGGGCAGAUGCGAUUCCUGAACUUCAACCUCUCGCACCUCGCCUUCUACCCUCGCAUCCUGAAACACCUGCAAUCCGACCCGACCGCCGGCUUCCUCGACGCAGGCUGCUGCAUCGGCCAGGAGAUCCGCAGUCUCGCGCACGCAGGCAUCCCAGGCUCCCAACUAUAUGGCUUCGAUCUGGAGCCCGGGUUCUUCGAUCUUGGAUACCAACUGUUCCGUGACCAGGGCAGACUACAUGCCACCCUGGUGGCGGGGGAUCUAGGCCUCGAGGAAAACCAGUAUGUGGCCAGCGAGCUGGUCAAAACAUUGACCGGAAAAAUCGACAUCGUCUGGGCCGGGUCAUUGCUGCAUUUCUGGGACUACGAGGGCCAGGUAGACGCGACGGUGAGGCUGGUCAGGAUGUGUCGCGACCGGAAGGGGGUGGUUGUCUGCGGGCGUCAGAUGGGCAGCCUCUUUGCAGGCAUGUAUACGCUGACGGGACUCAUGGAGAAAGAGCACUAUCGACAUAACGUGCAGAGUCUGAAGGGAUUGUGGUUCGACGUGGCGGCCAGGACACAGACCAAGUGGGAGGUCGAGGCGCAGUUGGAGGUCGGCGAGACAACCACGUCCACCAAGGACCUGUCCUUUUCCGAUGCGAAUGCGCGAGUGGUCUGGUGGUGUGCUACGCGGGUGGAAUAG